CCAAGCCCGCGGCCCUACAGUACGCCAAGGCCGCGACCCUACAGCACACCGGCACCGCGGCCCUACAAUACGCCGAGCCCGCGGCCUUACAGUACGCCGAGCCCGCGACCCUACAGUACACCGAGACCACGGCCCUAUAGCACACCAGCCUCGCGGCCCUAUACUACACCUUCCCCGCGGCCUUACAAGCCUAGGUCCUAUCCACGAACUUACAGGACGUCAUCCACACGGAACUACAACGACAUUGGAGCGCCUAGACCAUAUAGCUCAACUAAGCAUCAAUCUUCGAACAGCUCUGAUCAAUCCCCGAGGCCCUACAAGUCCGGUCCAUCUCAGCGGCCCUACAGCUCUAGCCCAUCCCCACGGCCCUACAGCCCCAGCCCACCUCAUCGGCCCUACAGUUCCAGUCCAUCGCCUCGUCCUUACAGUUCCAGUCCACCACCACGACCCUAUACCUUAAGCUCAUCUCCAAGGCCGCACAGUUCAACUCCAUCUCCAGGACCCCACUAUUCCAGCCCGUCUCCUCGGCCUUACGGCGUUAGUCCCCACAGAGUGACUUACAGCCCUAGUCCAUCGCAGCGACCGUACAGUUCCAGUCCGUACCCCCGGCCCUACAGCAGCUCGCCGCGCCCCAGGCCCUACAGUAGCUCACCACGCCCCAGGCCCUACAGUAGCUCACCACGCCCCAGGCCCUACAGCAGCUCGCUGCGCCCCAGUCCCUACAGCAGCACAGCCGGUCCGCAGACAGCGCAGCCAGUCACGCCGCUGCCGGCGCCGCCGACCGUCGCAGGGAGCGAGCGGCCCGUCUCCGGAGCACGCCAGCCCGCCACCAAGGGCGAGGAGAAGCGCACUGUAUCCGCACACUCACCUGCUGAGAGUGAGGAGCGCCCGGGGGCACAGCUUGGUGCAGUGCGUGCGCCGCACCGGCCAGAAGAACGCCGUGUCCCAGGGCACACCGAGGGCGGUUUGCGAUCCGGAAGAAAAGAGCAUUACGACGCCCAGCGUCCUGAGGCGCAGACGAACUCACUAGAAGACGAGAGCGGCGUUUUACUUGAAGAUACUGACCAGCUGCCCGUGCUGCCCCACCCUGAGCGGUACAUAGCACCUCCCCAUCGGCAGCAGGACACGGCGCCUGCGCACGCUAACGGCCAUGGCCGUCCUCACCGCGACCAGGUCCCCGACGCCCGUCCCGAGCGGCCACCGCCCGCUCGAGCGUCCUCUGGCGGCGAGCCGGCUGCGCCGUCACUCAGCGGACCCUACUUCCCGGUGACCACGAGCGUGCCGCCGAGCCACGGCCGGCCGGACGAGCCCGAGUUUGGCGCCAGGAUCGGUAAGCGGAAGCGGUACACGGGCUGA